AUGGAAACCUCUGGGCGUAAGACGCGGCCAAAUAGUAGAGGCUGGCGCCGGGGAAAGCCCCGAGGCGCCCCGAAUCCCCGGCGUCCCGAUUCUGACCCAGGUCCCCAUCUAGGUUGGGGGUCCAACCCUGAAUCUAGCCCAGGCUCGAGACUCCGCCCCCAUCCCCGCCCCCGUCCCCACCUCCACAGAGAUCCCGAUCUCAUUGAACCAGGCUCCCUCCAAACCCCUAGCCCCGAUUCUGUGUCUGGACCUGAUCUUGUCUUCGUCCCCGAAUCUGACCCAGUCCCCAAACCCGGCUUCGACUCCGGCCCUGGCCCAGGUCCUGGCCCUGGCACCGGCCGUGGCCCCGGCCCCGGCCCGGGCCCCGGCCAGGCUCCCGGCAUGUUGCGGGACGAGACUCUGGACGGGGCCACUGUGCCCUCCCUCUGGAGAGGGUCCCUGGAGAUUCGGAGUGAAUCGAAAAGUUGCCAGACUGCCAGCAUUUCCACUUUGGAAGAAGCUUGCCAAGCCCGUGAACAGGUUGAUGCAGAGAUACAGACUGACCCACCUUCUCCUGUGGCCUUACGAUAUGCUACUCAGCAAGAUAUCCCUGGGUUGGCCUCUUUUCUCCGUCGGGUAGAAAACCUUAUCAUCCGGGAGCUCGAUAAGAACUGGCAGAGCCAUGCAUUUGAUGGCUUUGAGGUGAACUGGACAGAGCAGCAGCAGACGGUGACCUGCAGACAUACCCUGUGCUACCCUCUGGCCCAGGCUCAGAAGCUGCAGGUGACCAGUGUCUCCUGGAAUGCCACUGGGUCAGUGGUGGCAUGUUCCUAUGGCCGUUUGGAUGACGGUGACUGGAGCACCGAGAAGUCUUUUGUGUGCUCCUGGAACCUGGAUCGUCGGGGGCUGAACCCCAGGCAACCUUCUGCUGUGGUGGAGGUCCCCAGCUCGGUCAUGUGCCUGGCAUUCCAUCCAACUCAGCCCUCCCACAUUGCAGGUGGCCUCUACAGUGGGGAGGUACUGGUUUGGGACAUGAGCCGGCCUGAGGACUCCUUGCUCUGGAGGACAGGAAUGACAGAUGACACUCACACGGAUCCUGUCUAUCAGGUUGCCUGGCUGCCAGAGCCCCGGCACAGCCACCGCUUCCAGCUGUUGAGCGUCUCCACGGAUGGGAAGGUGUUGCUGUGGCAGGCGGCCGGUCCAGGACAGCUGCAGCUGACAGAGGGCUUUGCGCUAGUCGUCCAGCAGAUUCCCCGAAACACGAAGCUGAAGAAGCCCACCCGGGGUGAGACAGAGGUAGGGGUCACAGCCCUGGCCUUCUCCAGCUUUGACUCCAGCUUGUUUAUCCUGGGCACCGAAGGUGGCUUCCCACUCAAAUGUUCAACGGCAGUGGAAGUGGCAGCCCUUACCCGAAUGCCCAGCUCGCUGCCACUCCGAGCACCUGCCCAAUUCACCUUCUCCCCUCAUGGUGGCCCCAUCUACUCUGUGAGCUGCUCACCCUUCCACAGGAACUUGUUUCUGAGUGCUGGGACAGAUGGCCACAUCCACCUCUAUUCCAUGCUGCAGGCCCAGCCCUUGACCUCUCUCCAGCUCUCCCACAAAUACCUGUUUAGUGUACGCUGGUCUCCUGUCCGUCCUUUGGUCUUUGCUGCUGCCUCUGGGGAAGGAGACAUACAGUUGUUUGAUCUCAGAAAGAGCUCCCAGAAGCCUACGGUUUCUAUCAAACAAACCCCAGAUGAAAGCCCUGUCUACUGUCUGGAAUUCAAUCUUCAACAAACCCAACUCCUGGCUGCAGGGGAUGCCAAAGGUGUUGUAAAGAUAUGGCAGCUAAGUACAGAGUUCACAGAACAAGCACCCCGGGAAACGGAAGAUUUGGACCAAUUGGCAACCGAGGUGGCUAGUUGAAGCUUUCUGAACUUUCCUUUUCCAAGGUGGUGACAGGCAGAAAUGAGCAAUAUAGGGUACUGAAGGUGCUUUUACCCCAUGGCACAAAGAAUGUUGUUAUUCAAGGCUUGAAGAGUUCUUCUAUGAGCAAACACUUGAGUAUUAAGUCUGUUACUCAGUUGAUAACAUAAAGAUUUAGGCAUUUGCUAAUAUAAAGAGAAAAAAAGCUUUUUUUUUUUUUGUGGGGGUUGAGUCAAGUCAUUUAUUUAUCUUUUUUUUGCAUACAGAAAAUUGGGAGGAAACAGGAAUGAAGUGAAGCCAGCUUUAUAGGAUGUUUCCCCUUCAGGUC